AUGAUGAUGCAACACGCCAAGGUUGACACCUUCAUCAAGCACUACCUCCGGCGGACGGUCACCGCUGACACGCGAGCUAUCAUCUUCGGCUACGAACCUCAGCGCGACCUGAUGCGGGCGGCCUAUUGGAUGACUUGCUGGAUCGAUCCUGACCGGCCGCAAGAACUCACGCCCGAGGAAUCCCUGUCUGUUAAUAAGGAUCCCAUCGUCCGCCGCCUCGUUGCGGAGCGGGAGAAGUGGAAGCGCCGCUUCCAGGGCACGGCGACUCAGUAG